AUGGCUGUGACGAGUACGAGAUGUUUACUUGGAACCCUUCAACGAACCUAUGCCACAACAGCACUACAUUCCGUUGGGCGUGAAAAGUGUGGAGAAAUCAAUCAUUUUAUGGGCAUGUUUCGCUGGCAGCCAGAAAGGGCUUUGCAUCACAUCCAUUGGCUGGCCUACUUGGGCGUCUCAAUUGCCACAGGCGAUUUGGAGAAAGCUGCUAAAUUCUACAAAGAUCUUGACGCGAAAGUCAACGAGACUGUGCCACUACCAGAACAUGGGGUCUACACGGUUUUCGUUGAGCUGCCGCCCGACGCAAAACUUGAAUUUUUGUUGCCGCUGGGUGAUAAGAGACCUAUUCAGCACAACCUCUAUGAGUCUCACUCACAAGAACAAAACCAAGACUGCUUUAAUGGAAUCAAAGAAGCGGAUGGGCACAACAAAAUGCUGGGACUGACUCGUCCCGAAUUGAAACGGUAUGUUCAUGCGAGACUGAAUGCUUGUUGCACCAAUAAGGAAUGCUUGACGGAAAGAAGGCUCUUAAAACAACGACAUGCAACUGACGAGCAAAUGAUCAAAACAUUAAAUAACAAGUUUUCCGAUGUAUUUAUCUUUGCAAAAGACAUGAAUGAGAAGUACAAGCUACUAAAGGAGACUCAUCAUCUGGAAUUCCAAAAGUCAUUGGUGAUACUGCGGUCGCAAGUAGCAGCCUUAACGUCUGAUGAAACGAGCAGUCAAGCACGAUCCAGUCACACGGAUCUUCGAAUUCCUUCAAUGUUGCAACAACGAAAUCACGCUUCUGCUUCACAGAAUGGUGCAAUAAUUUAUGGUGUUAGACCGACUGUUAAUCCACUACCAGAACAUGGGGUCUACACGGUUUUCGUUGAGCUGCCGCCCGACACAAAACUUGAAUUUUUGUUGCCGCUGGGUGAUAAGAGACCUAUUCAGGAUUUCUUGAACAAGAAUAAGAACAUCGAAAAAGCACUGAAAAGUGUCAAACCUCUUGGAAUUCGUCCCCUCGAUGAGAAGUCAAAAAUCGGCGCCCACAACAAACCAGUCGUUUUUCUUCAUCCAAAAGAUUGUGGCCGAGUACUGGUCGAAUUGGAGCAGGAA